AUGUCUACCGUCCGCCUCAAUUGCCUCAUACAAGGCGAAGACACCGCCUUUACGAUAACAGCACCGGAUGGCCAUAGUUUCAGCGAUUUGAAGGUAACAAUACAAAAACGGCGAGCACAGGAUAGUUUCAGGGAUGUCGGUCCUGACUUUUUAGGUCUAGGGAAGGUGAAAAAUUCCAACCCCAUUGCUGCCGAGCCACAUGGCUCUCUCGUUAACCGUAUCGAGGUCCUGGGAGACAAUCUCUCAAAAUUUGCGGACAGUUUAGGCCCCACAGUAACUCUCUCCAGCAUAUUUCCAACACAGCCUCUCGCCGACUGUAUUCACAUCAUUGUGACGAGCCCGUGUACCGUGGCCCCACCUCGCAGACAGCAUCGUCUUGCAUCGCGGUUUCCCGAGUUGCCCUCGAACAUAGUAAAGCGAAGCGAUACAGUUUCAGCAAUUUAUAAAAAAUUGUGUGCGUACAGCUUCAUACAGGUUCGCGGGACGCCUGCAAGCGGUAAGUCAACGCUUGCAAAACUCCUUGGUCAUCACAUCCGCGCUCAAGAACCGCAUGUGUGCGUUAUUUGGAUUGGCGGGUGGAAGAUUGUUGAUGUGGCGGCGUGUGGGAGUUGGCAUCCUUACCUCAAGGAGCGAAAGGGAUGGAUCCCAGAAGCGGCCACAGUGCUCAUUUUUGAUGAUGCACAGGUGUCGUACCAGGACGCGGAAUUGUGGGACCAGAUGUUCAAAGCCAUACACGAGUACCAUAAUCUUCGCGCCAUUGCCUUUGCGAGUUAUGGCAGUCCAUCCCCGCUCAUCGAGAUACUAGACAACACACCAAUCUACAUCGCAGAUGCAGCGAGGGUCAGUUUACUUCCCACCGCCAACGAGGACAAUCUGCCCUCUGCAGGGCUCCACUUCACCCGUGCAGAGUUUGACGAGCUGGUUUCAAAGCAGUAUCCAGAGUCAGAACACUAUUUCCAUUCUUCUUUCCUCAGCGCGGUCUUUGGCAUUACCCGGGGACAUGUGGGAGCAAUGUACUCCUUCCUAACCAUUAUUCUUGGCUCUGACCUAUAUCGUGAACUCAAACACUCCGGACAAACUUUCACUUUGGAGCUAUUUCAGAACCGACUCAGUAUAAUAUGGUUCUUGCGACAGUUCGACAGUGUCGCAGGGGGCGUAUUCAGGAGGGGGCUCCUACAGAUAACGACAUAA